UCCGCUGCGCAAGGCCGCGCGGGGCGGCUCGCGGGAGCCCGGCGCAGUCGGGAAGCCGGCGGGCCGCGCGGCCGGAUGAAGGGCGCGAUGGAGCCGGAGCCCGAGGUGCUGCUGCAGGAAGCCCGCGAGAACGUGGAGGCGGCGCAGAGCUACCGGCGGGAGCUGGGCCAGCGGCUGCAGGGGCUGCGGGAGGCGCAGAGGCAGAUAAAGGAGAGUGCUUCACAGACAAGAGAUGUCCUCAAACAGCAUUUUAGUGAUUUGAAAGGAACCCUUGGGAAGCUGUUGGAUGAGCGGUUGGUGACCCUCUUGCAGGAGGUGGACAAUAUUGAACAGGAGACCAUCAAACCACUGGAUGACUGCCAGAAGCUCAUAGAGCACGGGGUUAACACCGCGGAGGACCUGGUCCGAGAAGGUGAGAUCGCGAUUCUUGGUGGUAUAGAAGAACAGAACGAUAAAUUGUGGAACUUUACCAAAAAGGCCUCACACAUUCAGUUGGACAGCUUACCAGAAGUGCCUCUGCUGGUUGAUGUGCCCUGUUUGUCGGCUCAGCUGGAUGAUUCUAUUUUGAACAUAGUGAAAGACCACAUUUUCAAGCACGGAGCCGUGGCUUCCCGCCCCCCAGUGCAGAUUGAAGAGCUGAUAGAGAAACCUGGAGGGAUCAUAGUGCGAUGGUGUAAGGUGGAUGAUGACUUUAUAGCCCAAGAUUAUAGGCUCCAGUUCCGUAAAUGUACUGCAAAUCAUUUUGAAGAUGUGUAUGUAGGUUCUGAAACUGAAUUCAUAGUGUUGCAAAUAGACCCCAACGUUGAUUAUCAGUUCAGAGUCUGCGCCCGAGGAGACGGCCGGCAGGAGUGGAGUCCUUGGAGUGUUCCCCAGACGGGGCACUCCACACUGGUGCCUCAUGAGUGGACAACUGGGUUUGAGGGCUACAGCCUGAGCAGCCGAAGGAAUAUAGCCCUCCGGAAUGAUGCUGAGUCCUCGGGUGUCCUCUACUCCAGUGCCCCCACCUACUUCUGUGGGCAGACGCUAACAUUCAGAGUUGAAACGGUAGGACAGCCAGACAGAAGAGACAGUAUAGGAGUGUGUGCAGAAAAGCAGAAUGGCUGUGACUCUCUGCAGCGGGACCAGGCCGUGUGCAUCAGCACAAAUGGUGCAGUUUUUGUCAAUGGAAAAGAAAUGACUAAUCAGUUGCCUGCAGUUACCUCUGGAUCCACUGUCACAUUUGACAUCGAAGCUGUGACUCUAGGAACUGCUAAUAACAGUGAAGGUGGAAGCGUCAAGCUCCGGGUGACCAUCAGCUCCAGUAACCGGGAGGUGGUAUUCGACUGGCUGCUGGACCAGUCUUGUGGCUCUCUUUACUUCGGAUGCUCGUUUUUCAACCCUGGAUGGAAAGUGCUGGUGUUUUAGCGUUGUGAGGGCUUGGCUUUGGUUUGAGGGUUUGCUGUUUCUGUCCUCGGCCUAGUUUAGUUAUAUCUGAUUUUGAAAAGGUGAACUUAACCUCUUGGGCCACCAGAAAUGGAAAGUGUUCGCCUUUAAAUAUUUCAGUAAGAAGUAAGCUAAAUGGGGUGGACAAAACCAAAGUUCAGUUUUGUUUUUAGCAUAAAUAUCAAACUAGCUUUAAAAGUCUGGAUACUCUUCGCCGCUGUUCUUCCUAAAGUUGGUUGUUAAAAUAGAAAAAUGUCACAUUAUUAAGUCUUCAUCAAGGUCAAAGGCCAGAGGCAAACAACAGAAAGACAGCUGGAAGCCAGGGCUCUGUGGGACUGGGCAGGCAUUAGUUAUUGCUUCUCCUCACUCCCACGCCCUGAGUGUGUGACUUUGCUCCUGUGUUCAGUGAUCUCUGGGGCUGGAAAGCCCAGUGGAUUCUGCAUUUUCACAGUACCUGAGCAAGUGUCUGUCGUAGCCAAUGUUAGCAUCUUUUCUCCUCCCUGAAAGCGUGGCACAAGACAGAACAGAGGAGGGCCUGUGGUUCCUCACGGUGAAGCUACUUACGGAAAUACACAGCAGUGUUAGCUCAUAUGUGCGUAGCCUGCACCAGGUGCACCCCGUCUCAGCCAGGCCCGAGGGGCUGUGCGGAGUGUUCAAGUCCAGGGUAAUGUCAGGUUAAGCAGUGGUCUUUUAGUGGACCAAAGAAUAAAGGGUAAAUACUUGACCUAUUUUUUUAAAGCUUAAAUUUGUGUAAAAUAUUUAUUUGACUUAAUAUGUAAAAAAUUGUGGUCUUAACUUGUUAUACCAGCGUACAGAUAAUCUUUAAUGUGAAUUUUUUUUGUUUGUUUUUACCAGUAGUAAAAAAGUGGAAAAGCAAGUGUGAUAUUUUUGUAAGAUAAUUUAUUUGGGGAUUCACGUUCCCUUUUUGACAAUCAUGACUUUCCUCCCUUUUUUAUGUAUAACUGGGUGUCCUUUCUCGAAUGUUGGCAGGAUGUUCUGGAGUAUAGGUGCCUUAUCCAGCCUUCUGAAACAAAAUAAAAAAUGAAAAGUUAACAGUGUAUAUGCUGUGGGUUUUGUGAGCAUAAUGAAUCUAAUUUUAAUUCGCUCUUUGUUAGAAAAUUUAGAAAGUGUGUAUUGUAGUUGCAGGCAUUUUUGUUAGAUGUUAUUAUAACUUGUAAAAGACUGCUUCCAUAUGCUAACCUUCUGUAUCAUCUCACACCGAGCACAGUGCCUUACACGUAAUGUGUGCAUAAUAAAAUGUGAAUUGAAUGAA